UUGUACUAAAUAUUUCAACCGUGGCUUAUGAUUCAGUGCAGAAUACGCGACGUUGCUCAACACUAGACGGAAAAUGUCACGUCGGAGAAACAGAAAAGACAAAAAAUAAAUUAUAAAGCUCAUUAUGCGCAAAGUUUUAACGAAAUAGAUAAACAACAACGAAGACGACGCAGUUUUUAGUGCAUCGCCAGUGCAGAAAACAGAGAAAGAAAACACGAAGUAGGAAAAGUGCGAGAAAAGCGACCAACACAUAAGAAAUAAGAAGCAGCACCAGUGUAGACAGUGUAAUAAUAAAACACAAAGUAACAACACAGCAGCACAUACAGGCACGCACACACACACACACAUACGUAAACGCAGUGUCACAACGGGCAACAGAGAGGAGGCAGGUGGCAGCUCAGUCAGCAAUUGUGCCACACAUACAAAAUUCUAAAACUAAAAAAAAACAACUAAUAAUAAUCAUAUAAACAUAAUGAAUCGCACCGACGGCUUGGUUAGGCGCGCUGUCAAGUUUCGGGAGAAUGGUGCCGAGGGCGGUGGUGCUGGUGGGUUAAAUGCUAAUACGCCGGAUGACAAUCAGGACACGCACGACAACAACAAGGAUCACGAGGAUAACAUCGAUGAUGGCGACUCAAAGGAGACACGACUCACGCUCAUGGAGGAAGUGCUGCUGUUGGGCCUCAAGGAUAAAGAGGGUUACACAUCGUUCUGGAAUGACUGCAUAUCAAGCGGCUUGCGUGGUUGCAUCCUCAUUGAACUCGGCCUGCGUGGACGUGUGAUGAUCGAGAAGUCGGGCAUGCGACGACGUGGCCUAUGUACAAGAAAACUGAUAUUGAAAUCGGAUCAGCAAACUGGAGAUGUUCUGUUGGAUGAGGCGCUGAAACACAUCAAGGAAACAGAUCCCCCAGAAACGGUGCAAAGUUGGAUCGAAUAUCUGAGCGGCGAGACUUGGAAUCCAUUGAAAUUGCGCUACCAGCUGAAAAAUGUGCGCGAGCGUCUGGCCAAGAACCUUGUGGAGAAAGGUGUGCUCACAACGGAAAAGCAAAAUUUUCUGCUCUUUGAUAUGACGACACAUCCGCUCAGCGAUAAUGUGGUCAAGUGCCGUCUGGUCAAGAAGAUUCAGGAUUCAGUGCUUUCCAAGUGGGUCAACGAUCCCCAGCGCAUGGAUAAGCGUAUGUUGGCGCUUAUAUUUUUGGCGCAUGCCAGUGAUGUCAUCGAGAAUGCAUUUGCACCGCUCAACGAUGAUGAUUAUGAGGUGGCCAUGAAGCGAGUGCGCGAACUGCUCGAUCUCGACUUUGAAACGGAGGCGGCCAAGCCGAAUGCGAAUGAGAUACUUUGGGCUGUGUUUAUGGCGUUUACGAAAUAGGGCAAUUGCCCAGCAUCAUACCCUUCAAAAUUCCCCUUAAAGCCGGCUAGCAGCAUACACACCACACACAUAUGAGCACACACUCGCACAUCCACACCACAGGAAAACUUUUGCUGCUUGUUUUGAAAACAGAAGCGGGCAGUUUUAAAACUACCACAAUAUUCUGAUAUUCUUCAGUUCAACUUUUAAAAUGACAGUGUGAAUAGAGGCGCAGGUCAUAGAGAUAGAUAGAUAUAUGCUAUAUAUUUCUAUAUACUAUUAUUAAAGGCCAUGCCUAACGUCAAAAAAAAAAAAUAAAUAAAUCAUUCGUUCGAUUUCGUUUUAUAUUUCAAUUCGUAAUUUAUAAUUAAUAAACGAAAUGUUAGCAAAUAGUUAAAUUUUACCAAUAACCAAUAAUUGCCGUAUUAUUCCAUUGUGUUCUGCGUAAUUUACAGCAAUUUCGGCAUGAGAAUAAAACAGUAAAUCAAAAUUUAAGCCCGAAUCGUUGAUGUCUUAACAACAAAAUGAAUGCUAAAAUAAGUUAAGCCCACAUAAAAUGAGAUAAAAACGAAAGACGGAAACCAUAUUAAAUGUUUUGAGCUGCGACAGAA